GUUAGGUUGUGUAACUUUUGCGUUUACUAUAAUUUUCUCAGUUAGUUUUAAAUCGUUUGACAAUACUACAAUAGGAAUCGUUUGGCAGUUUGUGGUUUUACUCGUUAAAACUGAAAAAAAGUUGUCAAUUUCCGUUUUCGCAAAGCUGAUAAUUGCUGUUUCUGAAAACUGAAAAUUAUAUUGGUUUGUUGCACUUCCCGUUCAGAGAAGGGAAUCGGGGUUUGCAAUAGGAGAUUUGACAUCCGUACGAAUGCAACAUCACCGAAAAUUCUCGCUUUUUCUGCGAAGGUCUUUUCCAAAAUUUUCUGUUUUUGACGUCUGGAAUUAUCUUAUUGCUUUAAACUUGCUGUUAUUUGUCAUUCCCAAAUCUCUUGCUGGAGCCCCAGACCGACAGUGCCAAGCAUGCAAAGAUUUCAUCGAAACCUUUCGUAAGGGUUACGAAAAUACUGCAAAUUUAAAUUUUGGUGGUGGGAACACGGACUGGGAGGAAACUCGCCUGGGAAGUUACUCCACAAGUGAGACGCGGCUAGUCGAAAUACUGGAGCACGCAUGUACAGAAGGAAAUAACAAAGACUGGUGCCAUCAGUUCGUGGAAAAUCAUGAAGAGCAAAUCGAAAAAUGGUAUUUUCAUCUGCAAAAUCAUGAACCGGAUUUUGAAAAAUGGCUAUGCAUUGUCACAGCAAAAGUGUGUUGUCCGUCGAACACGUUCGGAAGUGAAUGCGUGCCUUGUCCAGGAAUGGUAAAAGAUUCCAGUCCGUGUUUCGGCCGUGGAUAUUGUGAGGGUAAUGGAACAAGAAAAGGAAGUGGAAAGUGCCGGUGCUUCAAAGGCUACCAAGGCGAUGUGUGUGAUACUUGCGGUUUUGGCUUUUUCCAAGUGUCUAAGUCUGAUUCGUCAGUGGAAUGUAAAGAUGUUGACGAAUGUGAGCUUGAUCCGAAGACUUGCGUCGAUAACGAAUACUGCUUCAACACCGAAGGGGCAUAUAUGUGUACGAAAUGCCACCCGGCGUGUAAUGGUUGCACGGGAUCCGGAGCAGCGAAAUGCCGCACUUGCGCGGAAGGUCAUGUGCGGAUAAACGGAACAUGCACAGCUGUUUCUCAGGGAAUUUUUACGCGUUUCCUCCGGCUAUUUGACAAAUUUGACAAGACACUGGUUUUCUGUGGUGGUGGUGUAAUAACCAGUUACUUUUUCAUAAAAAAUGGCGAAUAUUCUAAGCUGGGACUUGUGGGUGUGAUGAUGGCUGUCAUUUUGUCUGCGUGGCACUAUGGUGAUCUGUUAAUAACGGACACAUAAGGCGGAUGUUUUUAUAAACUUUUAUUACUUCCUUAAAUUUUAGACGAGUUAGAAGUGGCGAAACAGCACUCAACGGAGCAAGCCAGUUGGCCGUUCGACAUGCGACCCAAACGUACAGCGGAAGACGACAAUUCCCCGGUGCAACAUAAUUCACCUGAAUCUGCUGGUUCGGAAUCUAAUGUUAAC